AUGAGUUUAACGGAAAACGAAGCGAAAAUUAGGCGAAGAACUAUAAAGGCUUCUGCCACACGAUUGCGUAGUUAUGUAGAAUCUCCGCAAGCCGAGCAUGCAACAAAGUUUGAAUUGAUUGAACGUAAAAAAAAGUUAGCGGACUUAUUUCAGCAAUUCGAUGAAGUCCAAUCAUCCAUUGAAUAUUUUGAUUCGAGCCUUGAUGAUCCAAACACAACCGCGGCACAUACUGAAGAGCGUGCUCGGUUUGAGGAAGCAUACUUUCAUCUCAUGGUGAUUUAUGAACGACGUAUCAGUCAGCUUGAACAUGCGGAUAUUAACUUUCAAUUUGCUAAUAAUAAUAAUUUUAAUCAAGCUGCACCACGAAACAACACAGAGUCACAAAUUAAGUUACCAAGAAUUCAAUUACCUACAUUUUCGGGUGCUUAUGAAGAUUGGUGCACGUUUCAUGAUUCGUUCGAUAAUCUUAUACAUAAUAAUGCGAGUCUAUCAGCAAUACAAAAAUUUCAUUAUUUACGUUCGUCAUUAAAGGACAAGGCUGCUGAGGUUAUUAAGGCCUUUGACAUUACAGUUGAUAAUUAUACUGAAGCUUGGAAGUUGCUUAAUGAGCGUUUUGAUAAUAAGAAGCGUAUAGUUCAAACACAUGUUAGGGCAAUGUUUGAGAUAACUCCAAUUCAUAAGGAAAAUUAUACCGCUUUGCGGAAUUUGCUUGAUAACGUACUUAAACAUUUCAGAGCUCUUAAGGCCCUUCAAAGGCCGGUAGAAUCUUGGGACGACAUGAUGGUCCAUUUGGUAGUGGCCAAGCUUGAUUCUUCUACAGUUAAAGAGUGGCAGACAAGUCGUGUGGACAACGCAAUACCUACUUUCAAGGAACUUACUGAUUUUUUAGCACAGAGAUGUGAGGCUUUGGAAGCUAUCUUUAACAAGUCAUUGACAUUACGAUCAAAUUGUGAGUCUCCGAACAGUUCUCGGAAGGCCAAGAAUCCUAGUUCACAUGUAAGCACAUCGAAUCAGGUUUGUGUUCAUUGCAAAAAUAAUCAUUUCAUAUUUCAAUGUGAGGCAUUCCGCAAAUUACCUGUUGAAAAACGUUUUGAAGUCGUAAAAAAUUCACAUUUAUGCAUUAAUUGUUUGAAAGCUAAGGGACAUCAAGCAAAGGAUUGUAUGUCUAGUUCUUGUCGAAAAUGUGGAAAGUCACAUAAUACGUUAUUACAUUUUGAGUCUAAGGCUAACACAACAAAUAUUGAAAAUCAAUCUUCUAACGAUUCUUCCAAAACAACUAAUGUGUCAUUGUCAGAGUCUACAUCGCCAGUAGUUACUCAAUGCACUCAAGUCAAUGCAUCUAAGAUUUUUCUUUCUACCGCUAUAGUUACUGUGUACGAUAAUCAAGGACAGCCUCAUGGCUGCAGAGCUUUGUUGGACAGCGGUUCGCAAUUAAAUUUUAUUACACAAAACUUAGCGAGCAAGUUGGGGCUUAACUGUCGUGCAAUAAACAUGUCGAUUUGUGGAGUCGCGGAAGGAACAUUUGGAUCAAAGGAAAUAACUAAUGUUAGUUUUCGAUCGCGAAUCAAUAAGUAUACGAAUAAUCUUGAAUGCGUAGUCCUUCCUAAAAUCACGCAAAACUUACCACAAGAAUUUUGUCCAAUGUCUGAGUUUAAGCUUCCAACAAAUAUUGUUCUUGCAGAUCCUAAUUUUAAUAUUCCUAGUGAGGUCGACUUACUCAUAGGGGCUCAGAUGUUUUGGCAGCUCAUUUGCAUAGGUCAAAUUAAGGCGUGCAGGGCGCAUCCCACGCUACAAAAAACUAAACUUGGUUGGGUGGUUUCCGGUUCUACAUACGGACACUCGAACAGCAUGGCAGUUGCAUCCUGUCAUAUUACUUCAAUUAAUAAUUUAGAAAAAUGUCUGUCCAGAUUCUGGGAGGUCGAACAUGAUGUCGCUUCCGAAUGUAAAGUUCAAUACACUCCUGAAGGGCAAAGGUGUGAAACACAAUUUCAAGAAAAUGUUUCUCGCGAUCCUGAAGGUCGUUUCAUAGUCAAGUUGCCCAUUAACGAUGAUAAAAUGCAACAGUUAGGCGAGUCUUAUGAAAUUGCAAAGCGUCGUUUCCUCAAAUUAGAAAGGCGUUUAUCUUUUCAACCGGAAGUAUAUUCACAAUAUAAAAAAUUCAUGCAAGAGUAUAUUGAUUUGAAUCACAUGCGCGAGAUAAAAUUGUCUACAAAUCAAGAAGUAGCUUAUUACUUGCCACAUCAUCCAGUGUUUAAAGAAAGUAGUACGACGACAAAAUUAAGAGUAGUAUUUGAUGCUUCAUGCAAAAGUGCAUCGGGAUUGUCAUUGAAUGAUGCAUUAUUGGUUGGUCCGACUAUUCAGGAGGAUCUAUUUUCACACUUAGUGCGUUUCCGCACAUUUCGAUAUGCAAUGACUGCAGAUAUAACUAAAAUGUAUAGGCAAAUUUUGGAGGAUGAAUCUCAACGACAUUUGCAGCGUAUUUUUUGGCGCAAUGCUUCUCAAGAUGAGCUGAGAAUUUUCGAACUCCUAACUCUUACAUAUGGCACUGCUCCAGCCUCAUUUCUCGCUAUUAGGACUAUACGAAAGCUUGCAGAAGACGAAAUAAAUUCAUUUCCUGUCGGUUCAAAGACAAUAUUACGUGAUUUCUAUGUAGAUGAUUUGCUCACAGGCGCAUCUACUCUCCAAGAGGCAUUGGAAAUAAAAACACAAACUAUCGAAUUGUUAAAAAGAGGAGGUUUUGAGCUGAGGAAAUGGUCAUCUAAUAGUUCAUUGCUUCGAGAUACACAGAGAACUCAUAAGAAAAGGUUCAUUUUGGCUGGGGAUCAUGGUAAUGAAACCAGAGCACUCGGCGUAAUUUGGAAUUGUGAAUCAGAUAUUUUCAAAUUCGAAAGCAUUGGACAACAUUCAUUGUUAAAAGAGCCUACCAAACGUAGUAUAUUGUCUAGAAUAGCAUUAAUGUUUGAUCCUUUAGGAUUACUAGGACCAUCUAUCAGUCUUGGUAGUAUUGAAAUUUCACGCAAGGUUGUUAUCACAUCUGAUGAUGUACAAGUCAGGGAAAUUCAUGGUUUUUCAGAUGCAAGCCAACAAGCAUAUGGUGCAUGUAUUUAUCUUCGAUCCAUUUCUAGUGAUGGUAGUAUUGAGGUUCAGUUAUUGUGUUCCAAAUCUAGAGUAGCGCCUCUUAAGACAUUGUCGAUUCCUCGUUUAGAACUGUGUGGCGCACUACUGUUAGCGCAGUUGACAAAAAGGGUAUUAAACUCUCUACCGUUCACGGUGGAUGCAACUUAUUUAUGGACAGAUUCGAGUAAUAAGAAUAAUGUAAUUCCGCAAUUGUCGGUUGAUGAAUUGGAGGAAUCUCAACUAACCCUUAUAAAACUAGUGCAACGCGAUUCAUUUAAGGCAGAAUUGAAUUCUAUUGAGCAUACUAAAUAUGUAAAUAAAAACAGCAACGUUUUAAAGUUGAACCCAUUUCUCGAUUCACAAGGUGUUUUAAGAGUCGGUGGUCGAUUGAAGCAUGCUAGCGUGCCAUUUGAACAUAAGCAUCCAAUUUUGUUACCUGGUAAACAUCCCUUCACAAAAAUGAUUAUCAUACGCGAACACAAGCGUCAUUUACAUGCUGGAGCGCAAGAUACUUUAUCAGCCAUUCGUCAAAAUUAUUGGCCGACAUCGGCCAGAAGCAUCAUUCGUAGUAUAUUAAGUAAAUGCGUAACAUGUUUUCGUAAUUCACCCAAAAUAAAUACAACAUUAAUGGCGGAUUUGCCGCAAGCGCGAGUAAAUUCGGUGCAUUAUGCGUUUGAAAGAUGCGGCGUAGAUUACGCAGGACCGUUUUGGUAUAAGGAAGGUCAAAAAAGAAGUACUAAAACAAUAAAGUGUUAUAUAGCGGUAUUUGUGUGUUUAGCUACGAAGGCGAUUCAUAUAAAGCUUGCAGCAGACCUUUCUUCAGAAACUUUUUUAAAUGUUCUUAAGCGUUUUAUUUCCAGAAGAGGACGUCCUGCGGAGAUGCAUUCAGAUAACGGCUUAAACUUUGUCGGGGCUAAGCAUGAGCUUAAUGAAUUGUAUAAAUUGUUUACUGACGACAUUGUCAAGCAAGGAAUCAACAAUCUGAUGACAAGCGAAAAAAUAAAGUGGCAGUUUAUUCCACCUAGAGCUCCGCAUAUGGGUGGUAUUUGGGAGGCGGCUGUAAAAAGUGCCAAAUCUCAUUUGAAACAUUUAACUAAGGAGGCAGCUUUGAAAUAUGAUGAGUUAUUCACUUUAAUACAUAGUUCAAGCGGAGGCUGUGCUAAAUUCCAGACCGAUUAUGCCUCUUUCAAAUGA